AUGACGCGCACCUCAGCCAUCCCGCUCACCUACAUGCUCUUUUUCGGGGUAUAUGAGCCACUCAUGGGGAUCCUGUGUUUUGCUGGUAGCCUCAUAGACCCAGUCCAAUUCCACAACUCUCAAGCACCCUGCCAGUGGCCGUCCACCACCACCACCACCGCCAGUACCGCCGCCGCUAGUAGUAUAACUAAUCCUCCCCCACCCACCACACUCCCACUCGCUACUAGAAUCACAGUAACCCUCCUCGGGCAUACCUCCUCCCUCCUGGGCCUCGUCAGCUUCUUCGUGCUGUGGACAGCGCGUACGCAGUUGUCCAGAAGGCCGUUGUUGUUGAAGUAUCAGGAGAAAGUGGUGAAAUCGGUUCUGUGGCCGUUGUUGUUUGGGGAUUUCUUUCGUUUGGGGUGUUGGGUUGUUGUGUUGAGGGAGUUUGGUGCUUUACGGGAGUUUGGUGGGUGGGAUGGGGUCGUUCAGGGUGUUGCGACCGGGAAGGGGAUGGAGGGUGUAGUGCGGGCGUUUGAGGAGCUGAACACGAAAGUGAACUUGGUAGGGAUGAUGAUGAGUGUUGUGACGCUCGUACCGAGGGUGUUGUGGUUCUUGGGUGUGGGGCGGUAUGUGCAUCGGAGGGAUGGGAAGGGUGUGGUUGACAAGGAGGAGUGA